ACUGUCAUUGGAUAUCGAUCGUCUCGUCUGAUGUGCAACAGACAUUAGGUGUAAAAGUACCAGGAUUGCAUUCCAAAACGUCCUUUUCGAGGAAAAUUUUACUCUUAAGUCUAUAGUGUAUGUAACAUGAACUAUAAAUUUAAAAGUAAAAUUUUCCUCGGAAAAGAUGUUUUGGAAUGUAACCCAGAAGUACAAGCAACGCGACAAACCUAAAAUCUAUUAUUGGACAAUCAAAGCGCUACACCGGACGUAACUUGAACUAUUUCGUCACUGUGUUACGUCACGCUUGCGGCGCGUAGCUAACAGAUGUUUCAAAAAGCAUGUCCUCUCCGAAAGAACGCCUGGGUGGGUACGUGUGCGAAAUGUCAAUACAUGUAUCAUAAAUUGACAGCUUCUGUGGGAAGGACGGGUCUCUUUUCACAAAAUGUACUUAUAAAUCACAGAGGCAUAUUAUCGUAUUCUUAUUACAAGAUCGAGGAGCAUCUCUUUGCUUUAUUACCUGUGCGUUAGUGCUUAAUUUGGAACAUGUGCGAUAUCUGCCAUUUUUCACGUGCGUAUAGUGUCAAGGUCACUUCGAAAAUUCUCGUUAGUACAUUAUCUUAGCCCGAUUUUCGCAAUUGAACGGUCUAGCAGUCCUCGACAAUCGAUUGACAGGCGAUAAGCAGCUUUUAAUAGACGGCUCUUUCCCAUUUCUGCAGAAAAUAUCCUGUAAUUAUGAGUCACCACCUCGUAAGGAGGUGCGUUAGCACGAAUUAUCUCUUUCACGUGUUAACGCGCAUUCAGCCUGUCAUAUUUAUUCAGAAGUGUUAUUACGCUCAUGAUAUAGAGAUAAACUUGAGUAAUGGACCAGUCAGUAUUCUGAAGCAGAAAAUUAUGAGAGGCGAGUUGAUGAAUGAUAUGCACCAGACAAAGGUGGCACAGAUCUUGCAGGGAGUCUACCAGGAAGUGCAUGAUUAUAAGCCACAACAAUUGAACCUGUUGGAGAAAUGGUUUGGUGGCAAGAAGAAGGAGGCGCCAAAAGGCUUGUACAUUUAUGGAGCAGUAGGUGGAGGUAAAACAAUGUUGAUGGACCUAUUUUACGAUUGUUGCCAGAUUAAAAAUAAGAAGAGAGUCCACUUUCAUUCUUUUAUGCUGGAUGUGCACAGCAGAGUGCACGAGGUGAAAAAGACCAUUGUGCGAGAUGUUACCAGCACCAAACUGCAGCCUUUUGACCCGAUACCUCCGGUCGCGUCCAGCAUUGCCGAGGAGGCCUGGCUACUCUGCUUCGAUGAGUUUCAGGUGACCGAUAUCGCGGAUGCCAUGAUACUGAAGAGACUCUUCACGGAGCUCUUUGAUAACGGUGUGAUAGUUGUGGCGACCAGCAACAGAUCGCCGGACAAUCUGUAUAAGAAUGGAUUGCAGAGGGGAAACUUCGUACCAUUUAUCCAAGUGCUAAAGAACCAUUGCUCGGUCAGUAACUUGGAUUCCGGAAUAGAUUACCGAUUGAAGUCGGGGUCCGGAAACAAGAAGAUAUACUUUAUAAAAGGCAAGGAUGCGGCGAACGAUGUGGACAAGGUCUUCAAGUACUUGUGCUCUAUGGAGAACGACGUCAUACGACCGCGAACAAUCUCUAUAAGGGGACGCAACGUCACUUUUCGCAAAACUUGCGGCCAAGUGCUUGACUCCACGUUCGAGGAAUUGUGUGACAGGCCGCUUGGGGCGAGCGAUUAUCUGGCGUUGAGUCAAGUGUUUCACACAGUCAUCAUAAGAGAUGUGCCGCAACUGAAUUUGCGUCUCAAAUCUCAAGCCAGGCGGUUUAUCACGUUCAUCGACACGCUGUAUGAUAACAGGGUGCGAGUUGUUAUGUCAGCGGCUGUACCACACACGCAACUAUUUUUGCCAGAAGGCGAGUCCGAGUACACUGAUGAGAAAAGAAUGCUGAUGGACGAUUUGAAGAUCUCUCACGGCUCGGAAGAUCACAAGGCAAAUAUCUUUACCGGAGAAGAAGAACUGUUCGCGUUUGAUCGUACAGUAUCGCGUCUGGCCGAAAUGCAGACUUCACAGUAUUGGGAACAGUGGGAGCACCAUAGAUAAUGACGUCCUUGACUAGCACAAGUAGAUUUAUACAUAGCAUUAUAGAUGAAUUUCUUUCACACGUAACGCACAAGUAUUGCUGAUGUGAUUUUUACGAGAUGAUCUCGUAUACAAAGUUAUCCAAAUCACCACUCAGGUGUGCCUCGUUGACAUUUCCAUAGAGAGCAUAAAAUGUUUCAGACUUCGUCAGUAUUUUGUUUUCUUCAUAGAUUAUUUUGAAGAAUGAAGUUAUGUGACUUAAUAUUACAUAUUUAUGAGAUCAAAAUUAACUAAUAAAUUAAUUAAUAAGCACCAAUUUCUACCGUAAAAGUAUGUAUUUAUGUAUAAUGUAUAUAUAUAAAGCUCUAAUUACAUGAAACUUUUCGCACUUUG